AUCUUCCUGAGCCUCUCACAUGAGGUACACUGUUUCUGUACUGGUGGAACAUGUAAGAAGAGAGGUCGGAGAGACAAUCAGACCUAAGGAUCGAGGCCUCAGGGAAAAGGGUCUAGACCAGGGAUAAAAACAUGAGUCUGGGGCAGAGGUGAUUAAAGGCACAGCAAAGUAUGUUCCAGGUGUUUAUGGAGUAUAUGUUAAGAAAGCCCAAGAAUGCUCUGAAAACAGGUUUACUGCUGCAGAAAGGGAGAGGAAGAGAGAGCCACAGAGAAGGCUGAGAGGGCCAACCACACAAGCAAGAGGAAAACCAAGCAAAUGGGUGUCAUUCGUCAUGUCCCCAGGAGGGACGAGCCCAGGGUAUGGAUGCUGCAAAAACGUUUAGAGAGCAUCAGCCAAGAGCGCAAUGGAUGGAGAAGAGGGUGCCAGCAGCCCCAGGUCCUCUAUCUUUUUCCUGCUCUUGGCCUGGCUCUCCUUGGAGCUGGAAGAGAGAAGGACCCAGUCAUAGCCUGGAAGAAGCUCCGUGCCUUCAGAGGUCUUUCUGCCUGACUGUCCUAUGGCUCUCCUCAUCCUGCUGUUCCUGCUGCCAAGCCCCUCACAUUCCCAUCCCACCUGUGAUAUCUCCAAAGUGACCAGCCUGCUGGAAGUGAACUGUGAGAACCAGGGGCUGACCGCAUUGCCCGCAGACCUGCCAGCAGACACAGGCAUCCUCCACAUGGGCAAGAACAAACUGGGUGCCUUCUCCACAGCAUCCCUGCUUCGUACAAUCCCAAAGGGCUUCUUUGGGACCCUCCUCUUGCCUUUUGUUUUUCUCCAUGGCAACACCUGGUAUUGUGAUUGUGAUAUCCUCUACUUCCGCAACUGGCUCCAGCAAAAUUCCAACAAUGUCUACUUAUGGAAGGAGGGUGUGGAUGUCAAGGCCAUGACCCCUAAUGUGGCCAGUGUACGAUGUGCCAAUUUGGGCUCUGAACCUGUCUACUCCUACCCAGGGAAGGGCUGCCCUGUCAGUGGGGAUAAGGAUAUAGACUAUGAUGACUAUGAUAAUUUCUCUGAUGUACCUGCUACAAGGGCUGAGGUCAAGUUCUCUACUAACACCAAAGCCCAUACUACCCACAGGGGCCUACUCUUAGAGUCUCCUACUUCUCCAGACAGCCAAAUGCCUUCUUGGCCUCCAACCCACAAACCCACUAACAAACAGGACACAUCCACAUACAUACAGAUCCCUCGUUUCACCACACUCCCACAGAGCAUGAAAUCCAAUGUACACACUUAUAGUCUAAAACCCAAAACUAUACCCAUCAUCACCCCAAUCAGCCUAGAGCCUACCUCUACCCUGACUAGCUCAGAGCCCAGCACCACACCAAUGCUUACUGCCUCCACUCUGACUAUUCCAGAGCCCACCACUUCCACCCUGGCUCCCCGAGAGCCCAGCAGCACGACC